AUGGUGGGUCUCCCUGUGUCCAAGCGGGAGUGGAACGGGUCACCUGGGAGUGAGAGAGAAGGCUGCAACCAGUGGCCCAAGUGGAAGUGUGCUGGGGAACAUCUGCUAGUUCUCCUGAGCUGCUCUCAGGUCAGUGGGGAUGGAGGAGAAACUGGCCCAUAUAAUGUGGAUGCAAGUGAUCUUAAGCAGUUUUUUGAGACCAACUAUUCUCAGAUAUAUUUCAUCUUCUAUGAAAAUUUUAUAACACUGGAAAAUAGUUUGAAAUUAAAAGGGAAUAAUAAGUCACAAAGGGAGGAGCUGGACUCCAUCCUCUUUCUUUUUGAAAAAAUACUGCAGUUUCUACCUGAACGAAUUUUCUUUCGAUGGCAUUACCAGAGUAUAGGCUCAACUUUAAAGAAGCUUCUACACACUGGAAAUUCUAUUAAGAUAAGAUGUGAAGGGAUCAGGCUGUUUCUUCUGUGGCUUCAAGCACUUCAGACAAACUGUGCAGAAGAGCAGGUGCUGAUUUUUGCUUGCCUUGUGCCUGGUUUCCCAGCAAUCAUGUCAUCCAGAGGGCCCUGUACGCUGGAGACACUCAUCAGUCCUAGCCCUAGUGGAGCUGAUGCAAAGGUAUAUCCAGAAGAAAUCACUCCACUCCUACCAGCCAUAUCGGGGGAAAAGAUUGCUGAGGAUCAAACAUGCUUUUUUCUUCAAAUACUAUUGAAAUAUAUGGUUAUUCAGGCUGCAAGCUUGGAGUGGAAGAAUAAGGAGAAUCAAGAUACUGGUUUUACAUUUCUUUUUACAUUGUUUCGAAAAUAUUAUCUUCCUCAUUUAUUUCCAACAUUUACUAAGUUAACAAACAUCUACAAACCUGUACUUGACAUCCCCCAUAUGAGACCAAAGCCAGUGUACAUUACUACAACUCGAGACAAUGAAAACAUUUACAGUACAAAAAUUCCAUACAUGGCAGCUCGCGUUGUUUUUAUUAAGUGGAUUGUCACUUUCUUUUUGGAAAAAAAGUAUUUAACUACAACACAAAACACUAAAAAUGGAGUUGAUGUGUUGCCCAAAAUCAUACAGACUGUUGGUGGUGGUGCAGGGCAAGAGAGAGCACCGGAGCUGGAUGGCAGUGGGCCCACAGAGCAGGACAGAAACCAUUCCAACAGCAGCACCUUGUCUGACCGAAGACUCAGCAACUCCAGCCUUUGUAGCAUUGAAGAAGAGCACCGCACAGUGUAUGAAAUGGUGCAGCGGAUUCUCUUGUCAACACGAGGUUAUGUCAACUUUGUGAACGAAGUCUUUCGCCAGGCAUUCUUGUUGCCUUCCUGUGACAUAGCUGUAACAAGGAAGGUAGUUCAAGUGUACCGAAAGUGGAUACUCCAGGACAAACCUGUGUUCAUGGAAGAACCAGAUAAAAAAGACGUUGCCCAAGAAGAUGCUGAGAAACUAGGAUUUUUAGAGACUGACAGCAAAGAGACCUUGUCGGAAAGUUCCCGUCAUAAGCGCUCUUCCAGUUGGGGACGCACAUACUCCUUCUCGAGUGCAGUGAGCAGAGGCUGUGUGACAGAAGAGGAAGAUAAGAACGUGAAAGCCGGGGCCCAGGCUAUGCUGCAGGUAUUUUUGACAAAUGCUGCAAAUGUCUUUUUGCUGGAACCAUGUGCUGAGGUUCCCAUGCUCUUGAAAGAACAAGUCGAUGCCUGUAAAGCUGUUUUGAUUAUUUUUAGGCGUAUGAUAAUGGAGCUUACAAUGAAUAAAAAGACAUGGGAACAGAUGUUGCAAAUACUACUCAGGAUAACAGAAGCUGUCAUGCAGAAGCCAAAGGAUAAACAAAUAAAGGACUUGUUUGCCCAGAGCUUGGCAGGGUUACUGUUUAGGACGCUCAUGGUGGCGUGGAUCCGAGCAAACCUCUGUGUAUACAUUUCUCGAGAGCUCUGGGAUGACUUUCUUGGCGUGCUGUCCUCCCUCACGGAAUGGGAGGAGCUCAUAACUGAGUGGGCCAACAUCAUGGACUCGUUGACAGCAGUGCUCGCGAGAACUGUUUAUGGAGUUGAGAUGACAAACCUACCUCUGGACAAAUUAAGUGAACAAAAGGAAAAGAAGCAGCGAGGCAAAGGUUGUGUUCUAGAUUCUCAGAAAGGAACCACUGUGGGGAGAUCCUUUUCUCUCAGCUGGCGGAGCCACCCAGAUGUGACUGAACCAAUGCGAUCUAGGAGUGCCACCACAUCUGGGGCACCAGGAGUUGAGAAGGCAAGAAAUAUUGUUCGCCAAAAAGCAACCGCUAAGCGAAGCCAGUCUAUCAGCAACUGUGUCCACCUCUCUGAGGCUUUGCCUGCCACUAAAAGCGUCCCGCUCCUCCUUCACACCGUGAGCGCUCUCUUACCUGGUCUCUCUUACUCCUCUUGCUCUCACAGGCUGUCAGAAGUGGAAGAAUGUCAGCAAUCAGAAAAUGCACCUGCCAUGGAAUCUGGCUGCCUGGGGGCGGAGCAGCACAUCAUUCGUAGCAGCAGCACACCUGACGUCACUGAGCCGCCCCGCCCAGAUUCCUCUCAGGGUCAAAAGGUAGAAAAUAUACAGACUUUGAGUUCUGCAGAGUCCAAGCCUAUUCAAGAAAAUAAAGGAUAUGUGAAGAAGGAACAUGAAGGAAUAACAAUCUUAGUCAGAAGAAGCAGCAGCCCUGCUGAAUUGGAUUUAAAAGAUGAUUUGCAGCAGACACAAGGAAAAUACUUCGGUUCUUCUGUUGUGCCAGGUGAAAGUGUCAGCAGUGACACAGCUCUGGGCUAUAACAACGAGGCAGAGCUGUCCAUGAGCCCAUGGCCAACCUGUGAUGAGGACCCGGAACUGAGCACUCCCACAGAUGUUGUGACUGACUCUGAUGCCCGCCACUGGUUACAACUGAGUCCCACUGAUGCUUCAAACUUAACAGAUAGCAGUGAGUGCCUUGCAGAUGACUGCAGUAUAAUUGCUGGAGGGAACCUUACCGGUUGGCACCCAGACUCUGCCGCUGUGUUAUGGCGAAGAGUCCUGGGAAUCCUCGGGGAUGUGAAUAAUAUCCAGUCCCCCAAGAUUCAUGCCAAAGUUUUUGGCCAUCUCUAUGAACUCUGGUACAAGCUAGCAAAGAUACGGGAUAAUCUGGCAAUAAGCCUGGAUAACCAGUCUUCUCCAUCUCCACCGGUGCUGAUCCCACCACUCAGAAUGUUUGCAUCAUGGCUAUUUAAGGCGACGACAUUGCCAAACGAAUAUAAGGAAGGCAAACUGCAAGCCUACAGACUGAUCUGCGCCAUGAUGACCAGACGCCAGGACGUUCUGCCAAACAGGGACUUCCUAGUGCAUUUUUACCUUGUGAUGCACCUGGGAUUAACCAGUGAGGAUCAGGAUAUCUUAAAUACCAUUAUAAGGCACUGUCCACCCCGCUUCUUCUCCCUGGGUUUGCCUGGCUUCUCAAUGCUGGUGGGGGACUUCAUCACGGCUGCUGCUAGGGUCCUCAGUACAGACACGCCGGCGGCACCUCAUUCAGAAGCUCUCACCAUUCUUGGUUCUCUUGUCUGCUUUCCAAACACCUACCGGGAGAUCCCUUUGCUGCAGUCUGUGCCGGAAGUCAGUGAAGUCAUCACAGGAACCGAAGACGUCAAGCAUUACCUCAUAAAUAUUUUACUGAAGAAUGCCACAGAGGAACCAAAUGAAUGUGCAAGAUGCAUCGCCAUUUGCUCCCUCGGGGUCUGGAUAUGCGAAGAGCUUGCCCAGUGUACGAGCCAUCCUCAGCUGAAAGAGGCCAUCAAUGUGAUAGGUGUCACUUUGAAGUUUCCUAACAAAGUCGUGGCUCAGGUGGCCUGUGAUGUUCUUCAGUUGCUGGUUUCCUACUGGGAAAAGCUUCAGAUGUUUGAAACCUCUCUGCCUCGGAAAAUUUCAGAAAUCCUUGUGGCCACAAUUGCUUUUCUUUUACCAAGUGCAGAGUACUCCUCAGUGGAAACAGAUAAGAAGUUUAUUGUAUCCUUGCUACUCUGCCUCUUGGACUGGUGCAUGGCGUUGCCAGUGAACACCCUUCUCCACCCAGUGUCCACAGUAGCCCUGGAGGAGCAGCACUCGUGCAGAGCCUCUUUGCUGGAUUAUAUCUAUAGGGUUCUGCACUGCUGUGUGUGUGGCUCAAGCACAUAUACUCAACAGAGUCACUACACACUGACCCUGGCCGACCUGUCAUCCCCGGAUUAUGACCCCUUCCUGCCACUGGCAAAUGUGAAGAAUUCGGAGCCAGUCCAAUAUCAUUCAUCAGCAGAUUUGGGCAACCUGCUCACAGUGGAAGAGGAGCGUAAGAGGAGGAGUUUGGAGCUGAUCCCUCUGACCGCCCGCAUGGUGAUGGCCCACCUGGUGAACCACCUGGGGCACUUCCCACUCCGUGGGGGUCCUGCCGUGCUGCACAGUCUGGUCAGUGAGAACCAUGACAAUGUACACGCCGAGGCUCCCGAGCUGUCCUCUGAGGUGUUCCGGAGCCCAAACCUGCAGCUCUUUGUGCUGAAUGACAGCACCCUCAUCUCCUACCUUCAGACACCCGCAGAAGGGCCAGCAAGUGGCUCGCCGGGGGGCGCCUUGUCCGAUGUCAGAGUAAUUGUGCGGGAUAUCUCAGGGAAGUACUCUUGGGAUGGAAAGGUUUUAUACGGACCUUUGGAAGGCUGCUUAGCAUCCAGCAGCAGAAAUCCUGCAUUUCUGAUUUCCGGCUGGCAUCCUCAAGCUUUGGGAGCUCAGAAAGAUUUUUCUCAAACUGAGGAGGGAGAAGAUGUGCUUGACAAAUUACUUGAAAACAUUGGCCACACGAGUCCCGAAUGCCUUCUACCAUCACAGCUAAAUCUAAAUGAGCCUUCCCCACCCCCGCGAGGAAUGACCCGUGACCAAGAGAAGGAAAUCAUCGAGGUCAUUUUGCGCCAGAAUGCCCAAGAAGACGACUACAUCCAGAGGUGUAACUCUGACUCAGCCAUGAAAGUCACCAGCCAGGAGCAGCCCUCACCAGUGGAGCCACGAGGACCCUUUUAUUUCUGCAGGUUGUUGCUCGAUGACUUGGGGAUGAAUUCUUGGGACAGAAGAAAGAAUUUCCAUCUGUUGAAGAAAAAUUCAAAACUAUUGAGAGAGCUAAAAAAUCUGGACUCCCGUCAGUGCCGUGAAACACACAAAAUUGCAGUGUUUUACAUUGCUGAAGGUCAAGAAGACAAGUGUUCUAUCCUCUCCAACGUAAGAGGAAGCCAAGCAUAUGAAGACUUUGUUGCUGGACUUGGAUGGGAGGUGGAUCUCUCAACCCACUGUGGGUUCAUGGGUGGACUUCAGCGCAACGGCAGCACGGGGCAGACUGCCCCUUACUAUGCUACCUCGACUGUGGAAGUGAUUUUCCACGUUUCAACUCGGAUGCCAUCAGACUCAGAUGAUUCACUCACCAAAAAGCUUCGUCACUUGGGGAAUGACGAGGUCCACAUCGUCUGGUCUGAACACUCCAGGGACUACCGCAGGGGCAUUAUCCCGACUGCCUUUGGAGACGUUUCAAUCAUUAUUUACCCAGUGAAGAAUCACAUGUUCUUUAUCGCGAUCACGAAGAAACCCGAGGUUCCAUUUUUUGGGCCUCUGUUUGAUGGAGCCAUAGUGAGUGGAAAGCUAUUGCCAAGCCUUAUAUGUGCCACGUGCAUCAAUGCCAGCAGGGCUGUGAAGUGCCUCAUCCCACUCUACCAGAGCUUCUACGAAGAGAGAGCUCUGUACCUCGAAGCAAUAAUUCAGAACCACCGAGAAGUAAUGACGUUUGAGGAUUUCGCGGCCCAAGUCUUUUCUCCCUCGCCCAGCCCCUCCCUCGGCGGAACGGUGGAGUCCAGUUUUAGUGACAUCAUCCAAGACUCAGAUGGUUACCACCAUCCCCUACUUGCCCAUCUUCCUUUUGUCAUCCUCUUGGAACAUGCACCUCCCAAUUCUUCCUUUCUCAUCCUGGAAUAUACCACUGCCUACCCAUUUACCUGUCUGCUGGAAGGGGAGUGCAGGCCAGGGACCGCAGUUGUGGAAAUGCUAUCCUGGCGCCCUCCGUGGGGAUAG